AUGCCUGAACCUGAAAAUUUCAGCCAAAAAUCGAAGUUUUGGCUGAAAUUUUCGGGUUCUCGCGCAGGGAAAUCUAUCGUCAAUUUUUUUUUUUAAAACAAAAAACCUGAAAUUAACCUAAAGUCAUGCCUGAACCUGAAAAAAUUCAGCCAAAAAUCGAAGUUUUGGCUGAAAUUUUCAGGUUCUCGCGCAGGGAAAUCUAUCGCCAAUUUUUUUUCCAGAAAGUGUCGAAGAUCUCGCCUGGUCGCCAACUGAAACCGGUCUUCUCGCCUCGUGCUCCGUCGAUGCUUCAAUCAAACUUUGGGACACAAGAUCGGCACCAAAAGAUGCAUGUGUUCACACCGUUGCUAAUGUUAGUUACUACCUUCUGAACCCCCAAAAACCCUCUUGAAAAUUAUGAAAAUUUUGCAGGCUCACGCGUCAGAUGUGAAUGUGAUCUCAUGGAAUGCUCACGAGAAUCUGAUAGUUUCUGGUGGCGACGAUGGUGAGCUCAAAAUUUGGUCGUUGAAAACUAUUCAAUAUGGACAACCUGUUGCGAGAUUCAAAUAUCAUACUGGACCGAUUACUUCGGUUGAAUGGCAUCCACAGGUUUUUUUUUUUGAAAAAAUUUGAAAAUUGGGAGAUUUGGGUGAAAAAUUACGUAUUUGCUAGAUUUUUUCGGACCAGAAAUCAAAAUUUCAUCAUAAUUUUUUUUUUUCAAAAAAAAACCCCUGCAAAUUUUUUGGAAAUAUACCCAAAUUGAGAAAUUUGAGGUUUUGAAGAUCCCGAAAUUUAAUUCCAAAAUUUUAUUUUCUCCUAAAUCACCCGAAAAAUUUAGCAAAAUUAAUAAAUACGUUUCAAAAUUUUCAUAUCAAAAAACAAAAUGUUUAUUUUUCUAUUGUUUGCUGAUAUUGACCAAAUAGAAAAAAUUAACAAAAAAGCUGAAAAUUUUGUAAUUUAGAAGAAGUCUAAAAUUCGGAUAAGAUUUUUUUUCACAAAAAUCAACCGAAAAAAUUUAGCAAAAAAAUUACGUUUCAAAAUUUUGAUUUUUAAAUUUAUCCCGAGCGCCUCUGGCGCGAGUGUAGAUCGAAAUUCCGCGCAAGCGGUUCGAGCGAAGCGAGUGUAUGUUCCUUUAAAUUACCGUAGUAUAUUAAGAUCCUACAGUAUUUCAAAGGGACAAACAUCUGAUCCUUUAAACUACCGUAGUAUAUUAAGAGCCUACAGUAUUUCAAAGGAACAUACACUCGCUUCGCUCGAGCCGCUUGCGCGGAAUUUUGAUCUACACUCGCGCCACGGGCGCUCGGGAUACUGUACAUCACUUAAAGGAACAUAAAGGAACUUACAGUAUCCCGAGCGCCCGUGGCGCGAGUGUAGAUCAAAAUUCCGCGCAAGCGGUUCGAGCGAAGCGAGUGUAUGUCCCUUCAAAAUACUGUAGUUUCUAGAGAGCCUACAGUAUUUUGAAGGGACAUACAUAUGUUCCUUUAAAAUACCGUAGUAUAUAAAGAGCCUACAGUAUUUCAAAGGGACAUACACUCGCUUCGCUCGAGCCGCUUGCGCGGAAUUUUGAUCUACACUCGAGCCAAAGGCGCUCGGGAUACUGUAUGGUCUUUUAAGUGAUCUACAGUAUCUCGAGCGCCUCUGGCGCGAGUGUAGAUCAAAAUUUCGCGCAAGCGGCUCGAGCGAAGCGAGUGUAUGUCCCUGUAGGCUUUAAAUAUACUACGGUAGUUUAAAGGGACAUAUGUUUGUCCCCUUUCCUCCAAAAAUCCCCAAAAUUCUUCCAGGAAACCACAACAUUCAUGGCAUCCGGCGAAGACGAUCAAACAACAAUUUGGGACAUUGCAACAGAAGCCGCCGAAGUGAAUAGUGAUACAAUCGAAGGUGUUCCACCGCAAUUAAUGUUUGUUCAUAUGGGACAAACCGAAGUGAAAGAGGUUCAUUGGCACGAGCAAAUUCCAAGUUUGGCAUUGAACACUUCGAUUGAUGGUUUUAAUGUCUUCCGAACUAUUAAUAUUUGA